AUGACGCCCCGUAUACUGUCCUUGACAGUCUGCCCGAUUUCGAAAAUCGAGUUCUGGACCGGUCUAGCGGACGUUGCUUCAAGACUCAGAUAUCUGGACCUCCGCUUGGGAAAUCUGAGUCGACGUUCAAACUCUAGCUACCUUGCAGAAUGGCUGGAUUCUAUGCCUCCAGUCCUCGAAUUGAAUAUAAUCUGCAUCCGAGUGGGUGUAGACUCCAGGAUGGUGCACCGUCCAUUGACUCCAGGACACACAACCACUCAGCGUCCACCCUUGCGUCUUGCAACGUCCAUUCCCUCGCUGAGGUACAUCGCUCUCGAUCACGAUAUUGUGAGUAGCGGCACCACAGCACUCCCUAUGGUGGAGAAUGCGUCUUGGUAUCGCGCCUGGGGACCCGCGGAAGAGCGUCAGGUGCAUACAAUUCCGUCCCAUGUGGGUGUGCGCGUCCAUGGGUACUUGCAUGCCGACGAUAUGGAGUCACUCGAGAAGCUCGAAGAACUGUUCUCGCCGUCAGAAGUAGCCAGGAAGGACUGA